AUGGCCACGAUUUUUGACGGAGUGGCAGCCUUCGGACUCAUGAACCCGGACAAGCAUGCCAUCACUUGCGUUGGCAACACACAACAAAGACGAAGAUGUCGCAACCUGAUAGCGUACCGCGAUGUGAACGCUGCGAAACAGAUCCUCACCACGAUUACAGCUUACGCUGAUGAUCCUGCUCGUCUUCAACGACGACUACGUAGUCUGGCCACACUGUGCAUCUGCAAGAACGCACGUAACGGCCAUCUUUCGCAGCGGGACGACAUCGUGAGCGAAUGGAUGGCCAUCAUGCGUACGGUAGGGCAUGGCGGACAUCAACAACAUCUUUCUACGCAACUACGCCCUGUCGACCCGUACUUUACUGGCGGCCUGCAGAGUAGGCAGGGAAUUCCUCCAGCUAUUGCAACGAUCUCUCGCCGGACGGAGUCAACACUUCAAUCUACUCAAUCAAGGGAGCCGUCACCAGUAUUAGCGAGAGCCACCACGCCACUCGUACCGCAGCUCACAACCACGAUUCGACCAGCAGCUCCAACACAGCAAACCAGCACGGCACGGCCAUCUUCACCAGCUACUACAGGCACAAUUGUCACCGCCUUUGCUUCGGAACAUCAAGCAGCUAGAAGCGCUCGGGUUUUGAGCCCUCAGCCUUCGCUUCCUCGUCAUGCACCGGAUAUGAUCGUUAGCACAGGCGAGAUCGUCAUUGAGCAUAGGGCCAGGUCGUCGAUGGCGGUCCAUCGCAUAACUACUGCUGGAUCUUCACGAUCUGCACGGACUGUGGACAGCGAGUCGAUAACCAUCGUUGAGACUGACAACAUCGUCGUCCAGACCACAGAAAGGCGAUCAGCAAGGCUUGCUGCUCUGCGCAUUGCCGCUGUGUCUGCCAGUGAACGGGACAAUGCGGCGCCUGAAGACGAUCAGAGAGUUUCGGCGAGCACAGCAGGCGCUACUGCGAUACCACAAGCCAGCAACCGCACUCCUGCAGAUCAGCACAGCCAUACAAAUACGAGCUCAACUGCGAGUUCGAGCCCAGCUGGCAUCGAAAUCUGCAGCAUUUGCCUCGACCCCGUAACAGAGGCUCGCGAGACGCCCUGUGGCCACGUCUAUUGCGGUGCCUGCAUAGCCACAUGGCUCGACCACAGCUCGUCUUGUCCACUGGAUCGCAGACAUCUUACAGCAGCAGGGCUUCGUCGUCCAACCAGAGUUCUUCGCAAGGCCGUCGAAGGCGAGUGUCCGAUGUGUUACGAGGAUAUCGGUUUGCCGAGCGACGAAAACACUGUGUGGUGCCGGAGGCAAUGUGGCACCAAUUUCCAUCGACGAUGUAUGGAUGACUGGCAUGAGAGUGAGGAGGAUGGAAGUACUUGUCCUUACUGCCGUGCCGAGUGGCAGGAAUAA